GUGUGUAAACUGAAAUCCUUUGAGGAAGUUCUACUGUUAUUUCUGUUGACUAUUCACGAUUCAUCAUGAUUUGCAAGAUACUGACGUACGCGAGUUUCAUCGUAGCUGUCAACGCGUACCUGUCCCACCAGCCCCCAGGACCCAUCCCCUCACCCUAUUACGGUCACAAUGGACUGGCUGGACAUUAUGGAUACCAUGGAGGCUAUCUGGGUAAUAAUUAUGGACACGUGCUACCCCAUCCUCAACCCCAUCCUCAACCUUAUCCUCAACCCCAUCCUCAGCCCCAUCCAGCCGUGAAUCCCUGGGUGGUUGCACCAGGAGUUCACGGUGACAACGUGAAUCCUCACAGAUACCUCCACGGUGGACUCAUCAGACAACACGCACCAGUGCAAAAUUAUCCUCAAACAACCGCCCUAGCACCAGCUCAUCAAGUCACCAACAACAACCACAUCGUACCACCAUCAAUUCAAGCUGUGAAUCAACCUGCACCAGUUCGUACGAUAAACUAUCAACAUCGACCAGUCAUUCCUCCAGUUUUCUCCCAUCACACUAGCAUGUUCGAGCAUAAUAAUAAUGCCCACCAGAAUCACGGAAAUUGGGCCUGGUAAAUCCUACGAAUUUACCGUAGUGAUUCUUCACUUAAAUACGUGGUAUCCCAUAGUUUACAAUUGUUAUAAAAUCUAAUAAAUUUUAUUUACUCAA